AGGCGUCGAUUAGCAAGGUAAAAGUGACAGAACCAUGGCUCAGUUUCUAACACCUUUUGGAGGCAGCCUGGAUAUCUGGGCCAUAACUGUAGAAGAAAGAGCGAAGCAUGAUCAACAGUUCCAUAGUUUAAAGCCAAUAUCUGGAUUUAUUACUGGUGAUCAAGCUAGAAACUUUUUUUUUCAAUCUGGGUUACCUCAACCUGUUUUAGCACAGAUAUGGGCACUAGCUGAUAUGAACAAUGAUGGACGAAUGGAUCAAGUGGAGUUUUCCAUAGCUAUGAAACUCAUCAAACUCAAGCUGCAAGGAUAUCAGCUCCCUUCUGCACUUCCCCCUGUCAUGAAACAGCAGCCCGUUGCUAUUUCUAGUGCACCAGCCUUUGGUAUAGGAGGUAUGGCCGGCAUGCCGCCGCUCGCAGCCGUCGCUUCAGUGCCAAUCGGACCCGUUCCAGUUGUGGGGAUGUCUCCACCUCUAGUAUCUUCUGUUCCUACAGCAGCAGUGCCUCCCCUGGCUAACGGGGCUCCCCCUGUCAUACAGCCUCUCCCUGCAUUUGCUCAUCCUGCAGCCACAUUGCCAAAGAGCUCUUCCUUUAGUAGAUCUGGUCCCGGGUCACAAUUAAACACUAAAUUACAGAAGGCACAGUCAUUCGAUGUGGCUAGUGUCCCUCCCGUGGCAGAGUGGGCUGUCCCUCAGUCAUCCAGACUGAAAUACAGACAGUUAUUCAAUAGUCAUGACAAAACUAUGAGUGGACACUUAACAGGUCCCCAAGCAAGAACUAUUCUUAUGCAAUCAAGUUUGCCACAGGCUCAGCUGGCUUCAAUAUGGAAUCUUUCUGACAUUGAUCAAGAUGGAAAACUCACAGCAGAAGAAUUUAUCUUGGCUAUGCACCUAAUUGAUGUCGCUAUGUCUGGCCAACCACUGCCACCUAUCCUGCCUCCAGAGUACAUUCCACCUUCCUUUAGACGAGUUCGAUCUGGCAGUGGUAUAUCUAUCAUCAGCUCAACGGCAGUCGAUCAGAGGUUACCAGAGGAACCGGUUUUAGAAGAGGAACAGCAACAACUAGAGAAGAAAUUACCUGUAACAUUUGAGGAUAAGAAGCGUGAGAAUUUCGAGCGCGGCAGUCUGGAGCUGGAGAAGCGGAGACAAGCGCUGUUGGAGCAACAGCGGAAGGAGCACGAGCGCCUGGCGCAGCUGGAGCGCGCCGAGCAGGAGCGGAAGGAGCGGGAGCGCCACGAGCAGGAGCGCAAGCGGCAGCUGGAGUUGGAGAAGCAGCUGGAAAAGCAGCGGGAACUGGAACGCCAGAGAGAGGAGGAGAGGAGGAAGGAAAUCGAGAGGCGCGAGGCUGCAAAGCGAGAACUUGAAAGGCAACGACAACUUGAAUGGGAACGGAAUCGAAGACAAGAACUACUCAAUCAAAGAAACAAAGAACAAGAAGACAUAGUUGUACUGAAAGCAAAGAAAAAGACUCUGGAAUUUGAAUUAGAAGCUCUAAAUGAUAAAAAGCAUCAACUAGAAGGAAAACUUCAAGAUAUCAGGUGUCGAUUGACCACACAAAGGCAAGAAAUUGAGAGUACAAACAAAUCCAGAGAGUUGAGAAUUGCUGAAAUCACCCACCUACAGCAACAAUUACAGGAGGCUCAGCAAAUGCUCGGAAGACUUAUUCCAGAAAAACAGAUACUCAAUGACCAACUCAAACAAGUUCAGCAGAACAGUUUGCACAGAGAUUCACUUCUUACACUCAAAAGAGCCUUAGAAGCAAAAGAGCUAGCUCGGCAGCAGCUACGAGACCAACUGGAUGAAGUUGAGAAAGAAACCAGAUCAAAACUACAGGAGAUUGAUAUUUUCAAUAAUCAGCUGAAGGAACUAAGAGAAAUACAUAAUAAGCAGCAACUCCAGAAACAGAAGUCCAUAGAGGCUGAACGUCUGAAACAGAAAGAACAAGAGCGAAAGAUCAUAGAAUUAGAAAAACAAAAAGAAGAAGCCCAAAGACGAGCUCAGGAGAGGGACAAGCAGUGGAUUGAGCAUGCGCAGCAGGACGAUGAGCAUCAGCGGCCAAGGAAGCUCCACGAUGAAGAAAAACUCAGAAGGGAGGAGAGUGUCAAGAAGAAGGACAGUGAGGAGAAAAGCAAACCGGACCCGCAAGACAAGAUGAGCCGGCUUUUCCAUCAGCAUCAGGAACCAGCCAAGCCAGCUGUCCAGGCACCCUGGUCCACCACAGAAAAAGGCCCACUUACAAUUUCUGCACAGGAGAAUGUAAAGGUGGUGUAUUACCGAGCGCUCUAUCCCUUUGAAUCCAGAAGUCACGAUGAGAUCACGAUCCAGCCCGGAGACAUAGUCAUGGUUAAAGGGGAAUGGGUGGACGAAAGCCAAACUGGAGAACCAGGCUGGCUUGGAGGAGAAUUAAAAGGAAAGACGGGCUGGUUCCCUGCAAACUAUGCAGAGAAAAUCCCAGAAAACGAGGCUCCCGCUCCAGUCAAACCCGGGCCUGACCCAGCCUCUGCGCCUGCACCCAAACUGGCCGUGCGCGAGCCCCCCACUCCUGUGGCGGUGACCGCUCCAGAGCCCUCCACGACCCCCAACAACUGGGCUGACUUCAGCUCCACGUGGCCCACCAGCACGAGUGAGAAGCCGGAGACAGACAACUGGGACGCGUGGGCCGCCCAGCCCUCGCUCACUGUCCCCAGCGCCGGCCAGCUAAGGCAGAGAUCAGCAUUUACUCCAGCCACAACCACUGGCUCUUCUCCGUCUCCUGUCUUAGGCCAGGGCGAGAAGGUGGAGGGACUGCAAGCCCAAGCCCUGUAUCCUUGGAGAGCCAAAAAAGACAACCACUUAAAUUUUAACAAAAAUGAUGUCAUCACCGUCCUGGAACAGCAAGACAUGUGGUGGUUUGGAGAAGUUCAAGGUCAGAAGGGCUGGUUCCCCAAGUCUUACGUGAAACUCAUUUCAGGGCCCAUAAGGAAAUCUACAAGCAUGGACUCUGGUUCUUCAGAAAGUCCUGCUAGUCUGAAGAGAGUAGCUUCGCCAGCAGCCAGGCCGGCCGUCUCAGGAGAAGAAUUUAUUGCCAUGUACACUUACGAGAGUUCUGAGCAAGGCGAUUUAACCUUUCAGCAAGGGGAUGUGAUUUUGGUUACCAAGAAAGAUGGUGACUGGUGGACAGGAACAGUGGGCGACAAGUCCGGAGUCUUCCCUUCUAACUAUGUGAGGCUUAAGGACUCAGAGGGCUCUGGAACUGCUGGGAAAACAGGGAGUUUAGGAAAAAAACCUGAAAUCGCGCAGGUUAUUGCCUAUUAUGCUGCCACAGGUCCCGAGCAGCUGACUCUGGCCCCUGGUCAGCUGAUUUUGAUCCGAAAAAAGAACCCAGGCGGUUGGUGGGAAGGAGAGCUGCAAGCACGUGGGAAGAAGCGCCAGAUAGGCUGGUUCCCCGCUAAUUACGUAAAACUUUUAAGCCCCGGGACAAGCAAAAUCACUCCAACGGAGCCCCCGAAGCCAACGGCGUUCCCAGCAGUGUGCCAGGUGAUCGGCGUGUACGACUACAGCGCCCAGAACGACGACGAACUGGCCUUCAGCAAGGGCCAGAUCAUCAACGUCCUCAACAAGGACGACCCCGACUGGUGGAGAGGAGAAGUCAACGGCCAGGUGGGGCUCUUCCCCUCCAACUACGUGAAGCUGACGGCGGACACGGACCCAAGCCAGCAAUGGUGUUCAGACUUACACCUCUUGGAUAUGUUGACCCCAACCGAGAGAAAGCGACAAGGAUACAUCCAUGAACUCAUUGUCACAGAGGAGAACUAUGUCAAUGACCUGCAGUUGGUCACAGAGAUCUUUCAGAAACCCCUGAUGGAGUGUGAGCUGCUGACGGAGAAAGAGGGUGCUAUGAUUUUUGUUAACUGGAAGGAGCUGAUUAUGUGUAAUAUCAAACUACUGAAAGCGCUGCGGGUCCGCAAGAAGAUGUCAGGGGAGAAAAUGCCCGUGAAGAUGAUCGGCGACAUCCUGACCGCCCAGCUGCCGCAUAUGCAGCCCUACAUUCGCUUCUGCAGCUGUCAGCUCAACGGAGCUGCCCUGAUCCAGCAGAAGACAGACGAGGCCCCGGACUUCAAGGAGUUUGUCAAAAGGCUGGCAAUGGACCCUCGAUGUAAAGGGAUGCCUCUCUCCAGUUUUAUACUGAAGCCUAUGCAACGGGUAACAAGAUACCCACUGAUCAUUAAAAAUAUCCUGGAAAACACCCCCGAAAACCACCCUGACCACAGCCACUUGAAGCACGCCCUGGAGAAAGCGGAGGAGCUGUGCUCGCAGGUGAACGAAGGGGUGCGGGAGAAGGAGAACUCGGACCGGCUGGAGUGGAUCCAAGCGCACGUGCAGUGUGAAGGCCUGUCUGAGCAACUCGUGUUCAAUUCAGUGACCAAUUGCUUGGGGCCGCGCAAGUUUCUGCACAGUGGGAAACUCUACAAGGCCAAGAGCAACAAGGAGCUGUAUGGCUUCCUCUUCAAUGACUUCCUCCUGCUGACCCAAAUCAUAAAACCCUUGGGCUCUUCUGGUACCGACAAAGUCUUCAGUCCCAAAUCUAACCUGCAGUAUAAAAUGUACAAAACUCCUAUUUUCCUAAAUGAGGUUCUAGUAAAAUUACCCACUGACCCUUCUGGAGAUGAGCCCAUCUUCCACAUCUCCCACAUUGACCGAGUCUACACCCUCCGAGCCGAAAGCAUAAAUGAAAGGACUGCCUGGGUGCAGAAAAUCAAAGCUGCUUCAGAACUCUAUAUAGAGACUGAGAAAAAGAAACGGGAGAAGGCGUACCUGGUCCGCUCCCAAAGGGCAACAGGUAUCGGAAGGUUGAUGGUGAACGUUGUUGAAGGCAUUGAGCUGAAACCCUGUCGGUCACAUGGAAAGAGUAACCCAUACUGUGAGGUGACCAUGGGCUCCCAGUGUCACAUCACCAAGACCAUCCAGGACACUCUGAAUCCCAAGUGGAAUUCCAACUGCCAGUUCUUCAUCAAAGACCUAGAGCAGGAGGUCCUGUGCAUCACCGUGUUCGAGAGGGACCAGUUCUCUCCAGACGAUUUUUUGGGUCGGACAGAGAUCCGUGUGGCCGACAUCAAGAAGGACCAGGGUUCCAAGGGUCCAGUUACAAAGUGUCUCCUGCUACACGAAGUUCCCACAGGAGAGAUUGUGGUCCGCUUGGACCUGCAGUUGUUUGAUGAGGCAUAGGGAGUGGGUGUGUUUGGCCGAGUUCCAGGCCGCGGCGGCAGGUGCAAUCUGGAAAUGGUGUGGCUUACCUAAGACCACUGUUUGACGUUCAGCCACAGGGCAAUGGGACAGUGAAGACAGGCCCCUCAAAACUUCUAGGAAUAAUUCUCGACAAUCCUUCCCCCACCCCCAAUCAACUUCCCAUUUUAUGAAACAAA